AUGUCGAUAUAUACCGCAGGUGAAUUACCACAAGAGAUUGGCACUCUGCCAAGACUCGAGUUUUUCUCCGUGUAUAACAAUUCUUUACAUGGAUCCAUCCCAUCUUCAAUAUUCAACAUAUCAACAUUGACAAGUUUAGAAGUUUCAUUCAAUGAGUUUUCUGGUACUCUUCCUUCAGACAUAGGUCAUUCACUUAUUAACCUUGAAGUCCUUUUUGUGAGUUAUAACAAACUAAGUGGUUCAAUUCCAACCUCCAUUACCAAUAUUUCCAAACUUACAUACUUGGACAUGUCUGCCAACUCAUUUAGUGGCUCCAUACCACUCUUUGGUAAUUUGAACCUUCUAGAAUGUCUUCUUCUUUCGGGAAAUAAUUUGAGUGGACAGAAAUUCCCAACACAAGAAUUGACAUUUCUCUCUUCAUUAACAAAUUGUCGAUAUUUGGAUCGGUUGGGAGUGUCGGGUAAUCCACUUAGUGGCACACUACCUUCUUCACUUGGGAAUUUUUCUUCUUCUCUAUUGACUUUUGAAGCAUCACAAUGCAAUAUCAAGGGUGUCAUUCCAUCUCAAGUAGGAAACUUAACUAGUUUGCUAUACAUUUAUUUGGAUGGAAAUCAGUUGAGUGGACCAAUUCCACCUACAAUUGGGAAAUUGAAGAAACUCCAAAGCAUAAAUCUUAGUGGCAAUCAAUUGGUAGGGUCCAUCCCUAGUAAUGUUUGCAGAAUGAACAAUUUGGGGAUAUUGAACCUCUCUGGUAAUAUGCUUGUGGGUGCAAUACCUGAAUGUUUGGGUGAUGUUAAAUCCUUGAGAGAGAUCUACUUAGAUUCCAACCAGUUGAAUUCAGUCAUCCCUCCCAAGUUUUGGUCUCUUAAAGAUCUCAUUUUUUUGAAUUUGUCCUCAAACUCCUUGAAUGGUCAAUUGACAUAUCAGCUUGGCAAUUUAAAGUUAAUAAACUCCUUGGAUUUGUCUUUGAAUCAAUUUUCAGGCCUAAUUCCUAGCUCAAUUGAUGGUUGUGAAUCUUUAGAAUAUCUUGACUUGUCAAAUAAUAUGUUUAGUGGAUCCAUUCCUCAUUCAUUGGGAGAGGUUAAGGGUUUGAUAAGAUUGGAUUUGUCUUACAAUAAUCUUACCGGAUCAAUACCCAAGUCCUUGGAAGAGCUUCGUUAUCUUGAAAACUUUAAUGUUUCCAACAAUGCACUAGAGGGGAAAAUUCCGGAUGGGGGUCGUUUUCGUAACUUUAGUUCGUUGUCAUUUUCCCACAACUUAGCUCUUUGUGGUUCAAUAACAUUUCAAGUUCCACCCUGCUCAGGAAAAAAUCAUAGAUCAUGGUUAAAGAAACUUGUGGUGUCAUCAGUGAUUUUAGUUGUCAUCAUUGUGUUUGUUAUGCUUAUUCUCAUAAGCAUGCGCAAACAGAAAAAAGUAGCACUCCUUGCUGACAUUUCACCAGAAAAUACUGAAUGUAGAAGAAUUUCUUACAAGGAACUUGAACAAGGAACAAGUUCAUUUAGUGAAACAAACUUGCUUGGAGGAGGUGGUUUUGGUUCUGUAUUCGAAGCAACACUUUUUAAUGGGUUAAAAGUAGCGGUAAAAGUGUUCCACUUGGAAUUGCAAGGAGCGGCAAGGAGCUUUGACACUGAAACUACUAUAUUGAGUAGCAUUCGACACAGAAACUUAGUUCGUGUUAUUGGAUGUUGUUGUAAUAUGGAGUUUAAAGCAUUGAUUCUUGAAUACAUGCCAAAUGGGAGCUUGGAUUUCUUGUAUGUAGUGUAG